AUGAAGCUAGUGUUGGGUCCCGAAUUUCCAAACGCUCCACCAAAGGGCUUCUUUGUGACUCGGAUAUUCCACCCGAACGUGGCCAAGAAUGGAGAGAUCUGUGUGAACACCCUGAAGAAGGACUGGAAGCCAUGCCUUGGCCUGCGCCACGUACUCAUUGUUGUUCGGUGCCUGCUCAUUGAGCCAUAUCCCGAGUCAGCUCUUAACGAGGACGCAGGCAAGCUGCUUUUGGAGGACUAUGAGGCAUACGCCAAGCACGCUCGCCUCUUCACGUCCAUUCACGCCCCAGCAGCAGCAGCGGCCACCACAGGUGUCAGCAUGAGCCGCUCCAAGUCCAUGCCCCAGCAUGCAGCUUCCCAACCAGGUCAACAAAGUCAACCAGGUCAACAUCCGUCCUGCCCCCAUCACACGCUUCGCCAGAGUGUCUCUGCUUCAGACCACCUCGCUCCUGGCGCUGCUUCUCCUGCCGCUGCCGCCGCCGCCGCUGCUGUUGCAGAAUUGGCAGGUUCAGCCUCUUCUGCUGGUGGUGCUGGUGGGAGUGCACCGCUUGCUCCCAACCGCUCGAUUGCCAACGCUGAGGUGCAGAGGGAGGAGGGUGUGGGUGGUGCAGCUGGGGGGUCGAGUGGGGGCAUGCGCACUUCCCUCCCCACCGCUUCCCCCGCCCUCUCCGCGCGUGCUGGCCACGCCCUCGCUCCGACCACCGCGCGCCGCGCCGCGCUCCCGUGCCUCAGGACCUCCGCAAUAGUCACGGGCGUCACAGGCGCCCGCUAUAGUAUCAUCAACCCGUGUCAGCCCAGUUGCGUUGACAUCAGGAGGAGCGCGUGGAGUGGCGGCAGUAGGCUCGGCGCCACCAGGAGCAGCCGCGAGAAUAGGAGAGUCAGCGUGUGCUGCGGAGGAUCCAGAGGCGCCGUCGUUGCGGGGAGCGAGGAGCGGAGCGCGAGUGAUAAACACCAGAGCGACAGACUAACGCAGCUGCCGCCCGUCGAGGCAGCUCCGCUGCGGAGCAUCCGUCGUAGCAACGCUCCGCCGCGACAAAGCAGAGAAGAAGUCUGCCGCGCCACGCCCCUGCACGCACGUUGGCCCUCUGUCGCUCUCGCAGCAGCAGCAGUCGCCUGCGUCCUCCUCCCGCUGCCUCUCCACCUCCCCCCGCAGCACACUCCGCCCGCAGUGGAGCAAGGCAGGGCAGCAGCAGGCAGCAGAUCGCUGCGCAGUGCGGUGGGCACUUCGUGGGACAGUGCGAGGGGCAGUGCACUGGCUGCGGCUGCGCCGUUCAGUGGAGCCAAUGUGCCUCUGCCGUCCGACACGCUCGACAACGUGCCCCAGUCGCUCUCAGGUGCCCCAGUCGCGUUCAGGUGUGCUGUCAGGUGUGCUGUCAGGUGUGCUGUCAAGCGCGCACAUAGUCCCAUCCUUGUCUCCUCAGCUUGCAUGCCGUCCUUCUGGUUUGCUGCCCUAUUUCCUUCACCACCUUGGUUCCCCCACUCUCCAUCCCUCUCCUCUCCACACCAACAGAGGACGACAGGAAGCCGCGGCGGAUUCAGAAGCCCAAGACACCAGCAGCAGAGAAGUGUCUGCGCAAGUGCGUGGGCACGUGCAUCAGAGGAGGGGCGGGGGCACCCGGUGAAGGACCCAUCAACGUUGAGAGGUGAGGCUGUUGGCCACGCGUGA